UGGCAUUGAAGUCGUAUUUUGAUUACUUGAAGACCAAAUCGAGGAAUUAAAUAGAAUCCGAAAAGGGGGUGGAUUUCUUCUCUUCCUUUUGAUCAGAAAGAAUUGUGGGUCAGUUACGAUAAAAUUCUAUUCCUUGCGAUUAGAAUUUGUGUCGGAUUGAACACAAACGAAGGUAAACAUGGGAAUGAAACAAGUGAUUAAAAACCUUGACGCUUUUCCUCGCGCCGAGGACCACUUGUUGCAGAAAACUCAAUCUGGGGCUCUUGUGUCCAUAAUUGGUCUGAUUAUAAUGGCCACAUUGUUCGUGCACGAGCUCGGUUAUUAUCUUACAACUUACACCGUCCACCAUAUGUCAGUAGACUUGAAGCGAGGAGAAACUCUUCCGAUUCAUAUAAACAUGACAUUUCCUUCCUUGCCUUGUGAUGUUUUAAGUGUAGAUGCCAUUGAUAUGUCGGGCAAGCAUGAGGUUGAUCUUGAUACAAACAUAUGGAAACUUCGCUUGAACAGUUAUGGCCAAAUAAUUGGAACUGAAUAUAUCUCUGAUCUUGUUGAAAAGGAACAUGCCACUCACAAGCAUGAUGAUAAAGAUCAUCAUGAGCAUUCAGAACAGAAGAUUCAUUUACAGAACUUGGACGAAUCUACUGAAAAUAUUAUCAAGAAGGUGAAGGAAGCAUUGCAAAAUGGGGAAGGAUGCCGGGUUUAUGGUGUUUUAGAUGUUCAAAGGGUUGCUGGAAAUUUCCAUAUUUCGGUGCAUGGACUAAAUAUAUAUGUUGCACAAAUGAUCUUUGAUGGAGCAAAGAAUGUGAAUGUAAGUCACAUAAUCCACGAUUUGUCAUUUGGCCCCAAAUAUCCAGGACUUCACAACCCACUUGAUGACACAACAAGGAUUCUGCAUGAUACAAGUGGAACAUUUAAAUAUUAUAUAAAGGUUGUUCCAACUGAAUAUAGAUAUAUCUCAAAAGAAGUUCUACCAACUAAUCAGUUCUCUGUAACAGAAUAUUAUUCCCCCCUUAAUCAGUUUGAUCGCACCUGGCCAGCUGUCUACUUUUUGUAUGAUCUAUCACCUAUCACUGUCACAAUCAAGGAAGAGCGCCGCAGCUUUCUUCAUUUUAUUACUCGACUUUGUGCUGUGCUAGGUGGAACCUUUGCUGUAACAGGGAUGCUGGACCGAUGGAUGUACAGACUUCUUGAAGCAUUAACUAAAUCAAAGUCUAGACGGUAGAUCAUGAAGUGAUUACAAUUUCUAGCAACUCCCCCUACAUAUCCAACCAUGGGAUUUCAGGAUUGUAAGGAAUUUAUUGCCCCCAAAGAUUAAGAUAUAGAGGUGGCAUAGUUGAAUCAAGCAUUAACUUUUAAACUUCAUAUGUAUUCAUGCAGUUCCUUGUAUUGUCUGCCAUCAAUGACUAACCGAUCGUAUUCUCUCAUCUUUUGGAAUGGAUGUUUUGGGGUUCGGUUUGACUGUGGACAGCGUUGUCUUAGCUACUAUACGUGUGGAAUUGCUCUGUAAAACUCAAAUUUUGAAUGUUAAUUUUUUCCUUGUGCAACUCCACGUGUGGAAUUUCCUGAAUAUAUUUAUCCCAAACUAGUGCAUAUUUGGCUAGUUCUCUCUUCUCU